CUGAACCAGAAGUAUUUCAAUGGCAUCGGCAACUACCUGCGUGCCGAGAUCCUCUACAGGCUGAAGAUCCCUCCCUUUGAGAAGGCUCGGACCGUGCUGGAGGCGCUGAAGCACCCACAGCAGGACCCUUCCCUGACGCUGAGCAAGAAGCUGAAGCUGAAGCGGGAGAACCCAGAUCUCUUGGAGCUCUGCCACACGGUGUCCAUGGAGGUCGUGGAGCUGGGAGGAAAGGGUUAUGACCCCGAGCACUCAGAGGAUACCACGGCUUUCAGGAACUGGCUGCAGUGUUACUCCGUGCCUGGCAUGAACUGUCUGCGUGACAGCAAGGGCAGGACCAUCUGGUUCCAGGGAGAGCCUGGUCCCAUGGCUCCCAAAGGAGGGAAGACCCGCAAGAAGCGCGCGCAGCCGAAGGCAGAGCCUGACAUUGUGACCCCUGAGGUCACCACACGCGCCUCAAGACGGCUUCCUAGGGGAAGGGGGAGCCCCCUGAAACCAAGCAAAGAGGAGGAGAAGGUGGUGGCUGAUGAUCCAGGGCAGGGACGUGGCCGCAGGAGGAGAAAAGCUGCUGCUGCUGCUGCUCCAGCUCCUGCUGAGCCCGAAGCGCCAGUGAGAGCGAAAAGAGGCCGGGCAGCUGCACGGCGGGGCACAGGUGAGGAUCCUGCCCCCGUGGAUUUCAGACCACCUUGA